UGCUCCGCACCUGCUCUCGACUCCAGCCCUACCCGCACCCCUGCGCUCUGAGAGCCGCGCCCCCAGCCAUCCCUGGCUGUUGAGCCUACAGUGCUCCGGGUCCCGGGAAGCAGCCUGAGUGACAGCCGCGUCUACCCCUGCGAGAUGGGCGCCAGCCUCCUCCCCCUGCCGCUCCCCAACCCUCCCCCCUCUUCGGCUGGGCUCUGAAAACCCAAGGCUUCUCAGAACAGUUUAGGAUUAGCUGCUGGAAGACUACAGCCAGCCUGCGGCGCCGAGCCUUCCGGGAAGGGCAGCGGCGAGGCGUGCUAGAGCCUUCUUGGGAAGGCCGGGCGCUCAGCAAGCCCUGGGCAGCUAGGAGAGCAGUGGAGUCUUGGGCUGAGCAAGGGGGAGAGAAGGGCGUGUGCGUGAGUGUGACAGAGAGCGGUGGUGGUGGUGGUGGGUGGCGACUGUCUAGAUCUGGGCGGAGGAGAGGGCAGGGGACCGAGGCAGAGCCCUCUGGGUGUCCCCGCCCGCUCCCGCUCCCCGGCGCCCUUCACCAUGGACUUGAGUGGAGCUGGGAUGGACCACUGCAGCCACCCGCGGCUGGCUGUCGGGCCCCGGGAUUCGGCAGGUGCGCGCGCGCGGAUGGAGAGGUAGGAUGGCCGCGCAGCGCGAUCCCUGCGGUCCCCACUCAUCGGUCCCCGGGCGGUGCCGCUGACUCUCGGAGUGCACAGGGGUGUGGGCGGAGGCCGCCCAGCCGCGCCGGCGCCUUAGCCAGUCACUUCGCCUCUUCCACCCACUUGCACCUGCCGCCGCAUAGAUACCAUGUCGAAGGCGACUGGAGGCGCGGCGCCGGCGGCGGAAAGUUGUCCCUCGGCUCCAGCGGGUGUGUCGGCAGCCCCGGGCGUGGAAGAUUUGUCCAAAGUGACCGACGAAGAACUGCUGCAGUGGAGCAAGGAGGAGCUGAUCCGCAGCCUGAGGCGCGCUGAGGCCGAGAAGGUGAGCGCGAUGCUGGACCACAGCAACCUCAUUCGUGAGGUCAACCGCCGCCUGCAGCUGCAUCUCGGCGAGAUCCGAGGGCUCAAGGAUAUUAACCAGAAACUCCAGGAGGACAACCAGGAACUGAGGGACCUGUGCUGUUUCCUGGAUGAUGACCGGCAGAAAGGCAAAAGGGUGUCCCGGGAGUGGCAGAGAUUGGGUCGCUACACGGCUGGGGUGAUGCACAAGGAGGUGGCUUUAUAUCUGCAGAAGCUGAAGGAGCUGGAGGCGAAGCAAGAGGAGGUGGUAAAGGAGAACAUGGAGCUUAAGGAGCUCUGUGUGCUGCUGGAUGAGGAGAAGGGCGCAGGAUGUGCAGGCAGCCGCUGCUCCAUCGACAGCCAGGCCAGCCUGUGCCAACUGGUGGCCUCCGCCGCAACCUAUGUGCGGGAUGUGGGUGAUGGCAGCAGCACCUCCAGCACCGGCAGCACCGACAGCCCUGACCACCACAAACACCAUGCCAGUGGGGGCAGCCCUGAGCAUCUACAGAAGCCCCGAAGCGAGGGCAGCCCAGAGCAUACCAAACACAGGAGUACCAGCCCUGAACAUCUGCACAAACCCAGGGCUUCUGGGACCCCAGAUCACCCCAAAGCACUGAAAGGACCUAGCCCUGAGCACCACAAGCCCUUGUGCAAAGGCAGCCCGGAGCAGCAGAGGCACCCACAUUCAGGGAGCAGCCCGGAAAUGCUGCCCAAACACGUGUUGAGUGGAAGCCCUGAACAUUUCCAGAAGCACAGACCAGGGGGCAGCCCAGAACAUGCCAGGCACAGUGGAGGGAGCCCUGAGCAUCUCCAGAAACAUGCCCUUGGUGGGAGCCUGGAGCACCUCCCCAGAGCCAGGGGAACAAGCCCAGAGCAUCUCAAACAACAUUACGGAGGCAGCCCUGAUCACAAGCACGUAGGUGGCGGUGGAGGCAGCGGCGGGGGCAGCAGGGAGGGCACCCUCCGACGGCAGGCUCAAGAGGACUCAGCACCCCAUCACCGGAGUGUCUACAGUGGCAUGAACGAAUCAACCUUGUCCUAUGUUAGGCAACUGGAGGCCAGAGUCAGACAGCUGGAAGAAGAAAAUCGCAUGCUGCCCCAGGCCACCCAGAAUAGAAGUCAACCUCCAACUAGAAACAGCUCAAAUGUGGAGAAAGGCUGGGGGCCCAGAGCCCGGCGGGUCUGGCAGUGGUGGCAAGGGUGCCGAGGACUAGGACGAUGCCUGCCCUCUCUCCCGGGUUCUUUUAGGUUGUCAUCAGGGGCUGAUGGGAGUAACAGUUCACCCAACUCUCCAGCUAGCUUCAGUGGACAUACCAUACCUUCUCAGCAGCCUGAACCUGUGGUACAUUCUCUUAAGGUCUUGGAUGUUCAGGAAACUAUAGAUCGUCAACAGGGUAAAGAGUAUGACCAUGACCUUAGUGAGACAGAAAAAGCUAUAGUCAGAGAAAUGUGCAAUGUGAUUUGGAUGUGACACUUUGGCCAAGAGACCCAAUCUUCACAUUGUAUAUUUGAAGGGACUAAGAUCCAGAAACGAAGUUACUUGCUCAAACUAACUGGUGAAGUCCAUUUUUUAGCCAGGUUUCCUUUGAGGGCCAACUAUUUUUAACUCUCACCAUAAAGAAUGAAAACUGUAUUUUACAGAUAAUACCUUGUCCAUCAUGCUUAAUACAAGAUUGGCUUUGGCCCUCAGUCCCUUUCCUUCCCUUCCUUCCUUGUGAAAACUUCCUGAACACAUCUUGGGAUCAUGAUUAGUUUUUGUUGAUCUUUUUGCUUGCUUUAAAAGGAUGCUAUAUUCUCGUGAUCUUUUAGCCCCAACUCAUCAUUCUUAUUUAUUUUUCAAAAUUCCUCUAGGGUAUCUUUUUUACCUGUUCAUGUUUGUCUUUGAUCCCUAUAUUACAAAGGGAAAAUGCAAACCACACCUUAGCUCUGAUUCUUAAACACUCACUUGGAAACCAUUUAAAAUAGUACCUAUGACACCAUUAUAAAUUGCAUGGCCACCAGCAGAGAAAUCCUGUCUCAAAACAACAACAACAACAAAAUUACAUGUCCAUCAAAAGUACACAAUAAAUAUCGGGGAAUAAACACAAGAGGACAAUUGAAAGGUGGGUAAUAAAGAAAGAUUACAAGGAAGUUUCAUGAAUAAUGCUCUUGGAAGGUAGGUAACAAAGAUUACAAUGCCUUCCAAUUUGAAGAUCUAUAAACUUUCAUAAAGUCACAGAAAUAUGUGUGACAUUAUAAAUUUAGUAUGUCUCUGGAAGAACUCAUGAUAAUGGGAAGCUUGUCAAUUUCUGAUAUUCUUCUUGGAUGGAAGUGGGUGACUUUCAUCAAAUUACCAAAAGAUUAUUAUCCACAGAUCAUUGCACUGUUUAAUGAACAGUUAUUUGGUUCUCUUCUAAGGUAAACAUGUUGUUCCCUGAGAACCAUAAACAUCAUCUUUAGUAACCUUGUCAUUUUAGGUUUGUCUGAAAUCUCCCAGUGACAAUCAAGAUACUUGGCCAUCUCAAUCAUACUUGUGUGUACAGCCCUGCUCUUCUUUUCAUCCAUACAGUACCCACUUAGUGUCAUUGCUUUAUUCCAGAGUUCUGCCUUAUGUAGGAAUUUCCUUUCACCUCAUUGUAAUGCCUGGAUGUGGCUCAUUGUGUUCUAUAACUUAGUAACUGAAGAAGAGUUGUACUUUUUAGUUGCAACUUGCAGUGUUUUUACAUGUGUAGUUAUUCUGCGGUCUGCAAAUAUAUCCCUUACUUCCAAACCAGAACUUCAAAACAUUCUUGGUAGAACUGAUUAUAUCUAUGGGCUAGAAAGAGGAAAUGCAUGGUAUCUUUUGAGAUGUCCUUGACUUCCUGUGUAUAGCUGAAGCUGUCUAUUGCUACAAAAUUCUAUUCCUGGUAUUUAAAGGCUGUAACUAAAAUUCCCCUUGAGUGCAAUAGGCUGUUUCUCCAUGCAGUGGUGACUGUCUUAGUUCUGCUGUCCUGGAAAUGAAGAAAAGCAGAACUCUCCGUGUAUCACUGUAAAUGGCAGUGGAUGGCCCUGACGAAUCUACUUCUAAUUAAAGGCAAAAUAAAAAAAAAAAUAGUCUCUCAAUUUCUAAUUGAGUUCACGAGAGCACUAUAAAGUUGUGUGAGAUUUAUCGGUCUAACAGUCCUCAUAGUGAGCAUUCUAGGGGCGUUGUGGUUGUUUUACUGUGUGGACAUGCAUGUGCUUGUUCUAGUUAAUGCUUGUAUAUUGGAAUUUCUGGUGACCUCAAUAAUUUUAUACUCAUUAACUCUUAAUUUUACCUGUUGUCUAAUAUCAAUCCAAAAUGGCCCACUAUUUAAUAGGGUGAAUUGUAUUUCUUUCAAUAAUUUCUGAAUUCCCUUAACCCUAUGUUUAGUUGUUUUCUGUUCAAGAAAUCUGAGAGAAUUCUCCAGUAGCUCAUUAGCUGAGAUUCAUGACAAGUCCAUACCCUACUUUGCAAAGAUCAGGAAACUAAGAAUAGAAGAUUAGGACUUGUGGCUCAAGAAUACAAAUUCACUUUUCUAGAUGAAUUAGACAUUUUGUAUAUUUUGUUAUAGAUGUAUGUUAUAGGAGCCAGUAUGCUCUUAACCAAGGGCUCUUUAUUCUAGAUGUACAUUAAAAUCACUUUGAGAGCUUCAAACAAAAAUACAGAUACCAGUGCUUCUCUCUGCCAGCA